AUGCUUCUUCCCGCUCUAAUUUUAGCCGCGGCUAGUGUCCAGUAUCCAUUUAACUUCAGAGCAAGAAAUACCCAAAGUAAUGCAGUAGAAGGUCAGAAGGUCGCUUUGUCUCAAAAUAAAGCAUUUGGAAAACCUCUAAAUACUCAAACUCCAAAACCAUCUAUUACUAAAUUCCGUAAACUCUCUGCUCUUCAGGGAGCAAAUAUUCCUAUGGAAUUCCCAACUGAUUCUGAAAAUUCGAACAGUAUCGCUGAAGAAAUUAAACAACAACUCGUUUCAACCCCGAUGAUUAUCUUCUAUUCUGUUCUCAGCCUUUGCAUUAUUAUUGCAAUUGGUAUCUUUAUGUUCUACAAAGAUCCAGAAGACGAUGCCGCUGAAACCACCCAAGAUGCCAUCAUCGAGAAUCAACUUCAUCAAGUUUUGGAUUCAAAGCUUGAAAAUGAGACAAUGGUUAUUUAA